GCGUCUUCGUAUACGCCGAACCCUAAGUUCUUCUCUAAUCUUCGUCUCUCUUCUCGCGUUCUUCGAGAUUUCCCAUUUUCGUUUCGAAAAUGAGGGAAUGCAUUUCGAUCCACAUCGGGCAGGCCGGUAUUCAGGUCGGAAAUUCUUGCUGGGAGCUUUACUGUCUUGAGCAUGGCCUCCAGCCUGAUGGCCAGAUGCCAAGUGACAAGACAGUCGGCGGAGGCGAUGAUGCUUUUAACACCUUCUUCAGUGAGACAGGUUCUGGAAAGCAUGUCCCUCGUGCUAUUUUUGUUGAUCUUGAACCCACCGUUAUUGAUGAGGUGAGGACUGGCACCUACCGCCAACUCUUCCAUCCUGAACAGCUUAUCAGUGGCAAGGAGGAUGCUGCCAACAACUUUGCUCGUGGCCAUUAUACGAUCGGCAAAGAGAUUGUUGAUCUGUGUCUGGAUCGCAUCAGGAAGCUUGCUGAUAACUGCACCGGGCUUCAAGGCUUUCUCGUCUUCAAUGCUGUUGGUGGAGGCACUGGUUCUGGCCUUGGUUCUCUUCUCCUUGAGAGACUCUCCGUCGAUUAUGGCAAGAAAUCAAAGCUUGGUUUCACUGUUUAUCCAUCGCCCCAGGUGUCCACAUCAGUUGUCGAGCCUUACAACAGUGUCCUCUCAACACACUCCCUUCUAGAGCACACCGAUGUAUCUGUUCUCCUAGAUAAUGAAGCUAUCUAUGACAUCUGCAGGCGCUCCCUCGACAUUGAGCGCCCUUCAUACACUAACCUUAACCGCCUGGUUUCUCAGGUGAUUUCAUCCCUUACUGCUUCACUGAGGUUCGAUGGAGCACUUAAUGUGGAUGUAACUGAGUUUCAGACUAACCUUGUUCCAUACCCACGUAUUCACUUCAUGCUUUCAUCAUAUGCCCCCGUUAUCUCAGCUGAGAAGGCCUAUCAUGAGCAACUCUCUGUUGCUGAAAUCACCAACAGUGCCUUUGAGCCAUCUUCCAUGAUGGCCAAGUGUGAUCCUCGCCACGGCAAAUACAUGGCUUGCUGUCUCAUGUAUCGCGGCGAUGUGGUUCCCAAGGAUGUGAAUGCUGCCGUUGCCACCAUCAAGACCAAGCGCACCAUCCAGUUUGUUGACUGGUGCCCGACCGGCUUCAAGUGCGGUAUCAACUACCAGCCGCCGACUGUUGUUCCUGGCGGCGACCUGGCUAAGGUGCAGAGGGCGGUUUGCAUGAUAUCGAACUCCACAAGUGUUGCAGAGGUGUUCUCUCGCAUUGACCAUAAGUUUGAUCUCAUGUAUUCGAAGCGCGCCUUUGUGCAUUGGUAUGUUGGUGAGGGCAUGGAGGAAGGAGAGUUCUCCGAGGCUCGUGAGGAUCUUGCUGCUCUUGAGAAAGACUAUGAGGAAGUAGGUGCUGAAUCUACCGAAGGCGAUGAGGGUGAUGAGGGUGAUGAUUAUUGAGUUUGUGAAGCUCUGCUCGUGGUUUGCUGUUUUGGUGGUGCUUGUUCUAGGUUUUCGUCCCUUUUGAUGAUGUAUUUUGUGUCUAAUGAAGCUGUUUAUACAGCAUUGUCUUCACAACUUAGGUGUGUUUGGAUGAUGGAUAUAGUAUCCUUUCUUUUGUGGUAAAACUCUCCUCAAGUUUCUCGUGUCUAUUGAAGCUGUUUAUACAGCAUUGUCUUCACAACUUUCGUGUUUGUUUUUCU